AUGAGCCAGUUCGUCUCUUCCGAUUAUCACGAGUGGGCAAGCACCUCGUCGCGCCGUCAGAGUACGGUGUCAACCUCCACUGUGUCGUCCGCUUCCACCAGCGUUCUUUUUCCGACCCCCUCGAGCUCACCCGGUACAAGCUCGCGAAAACAGUCAUGGCAGUAUUUUGACGAAGUAGUAAGGUUGGAGUUGAACCCCUCAAUGACGAUCAACUUUGUCAAGAGUGGACAAUUAUUCAAAUUACGCUAUACAUGGAUCGACGUGUGCAAAGAUUCAACGGGGGCCCUGAAAUGCCUGGAACUCGGGGGAGGUCUUGGUCAACAAACGCCCUUCGUACAUGCCUUUCAUAACACCAAACUCCCUGUUCCGCACCUCGAACAUCCCAAGGAAGCCUCCGAAUACCCACUCCGCGUAUCAUUUCUCGAGCAUCAGACCGUCCAGACCGCACAUGUGGUAUUCAUGACACAGCUAUCUUAUAAAUUUGAAAAUUGGGAGGAUUGUGUCCUCUUUCAAGAAAUUCUUCUUGGAUCCAAACUUGUGUUUAUUGGGGGCAUGGCCGAGGCCAAGUCUAAAGGCCGUGGUGAAGAGUGCAUUAGCCAAAACCUGCGCAUUCUCCGAGGACAGAACAACAAACGCGUCAUGCUAUAUUUCGCCAACUCACAACGCGGGGGGCCUAAAGAGAUAUGUGUCUCUUCCACUUAA